CAGACACUUUCACCGCGAACAUUCUACCUGGUUUUGGAAGGCACGAGGCACGCUCUAUUCAUUCACAUCCAUCCCCCGCAUCGCCUAUCCAGUGAAGUGAACAGCCCUGCAUGAGAGACCUGCGUGUCUGGACUCGGCGUCUUCUCUGCUUCACUGGCACGAACGUCAACGAUACGCACGAGCUGCCUAGUCGGUCAAAGGCUGAUUCUCGGGGUCCUUGCACGCCAGAGCAAGAACUCCCACUUGCUGACCAGCCAAAGACUAACUGCAAAGCCGAAGCACCUCAACUCCCACCCCACCACGUCGACGGCACGGAACACCACGAUUCUUUGAUGCCGCCCAAACGCAAGAGCCUGGCCACCAGUGCGGAUAUGGACCGCCCUGAUAAGAAGACCAAGACGACGAAGAAGAGCAAGAAGGCUGCUGCUCCUGUUGCUGAGGAUGUUUACAGCACGCAGCAGAAAGCUGCUAUUACGCAGUUUGUCAGCUUCACGCAGCUGGAUCGGAAUACAGCGAUACGGGUGCUGAAGACCCAUGGCUGGGAUGCGCAGACUGCUGUCAACGCUUACUACAGCGGCGGCGGUGGUGGUUCGACUGCCUCUCCUGCAGCGAAAACUGCUCUCAACAAGCUGUUCGAUCGGUACCGAGAGUCUGGUGUAACGGAACCAGACAUUGUCGGCGUCGAGGGUACGAUGAAGUACUUCCAAGAUACUAACGUCGACGUCGAAGGCCUUGAGUCGCUUGCUGCUCUCGAGGUAGUCCAGGCUCCUACUAUGGGCGAGAUGAGCCGAGAGGGUUUUGUCAACGGCUGGCAAGAAAAAAACUGCGAUACUGUCGACAAGCAAAAGGCGUUCAUCAAGAACCUGAAGCGGGAGCUACCUGCGAACAAAGAGCUCUUCACACGGGUCUACAAGUACACCUUCGCCAUCGCCAAGACUGGAGGCCAGAAAGCCGUUGCGCUUGAUGCCGCCAUUGCCUAUUGGGAACUCCUCUUCAGCUCACCAUUGUCUGCAGUCAAGUGGACGAGCGCCAACACGCCGUGGCUGACGUGGUGGACAGAGUUCCUCACCUCGUCGUGGAAGAGGAGCGUCAACAAGGACAUGUGGAACGAGACGCUCAAGUUCGCACAGCUCACCCUUUCUGAUGAGGCCAUGAGCUUCUGGAACGAGGAGUCGUCGUGGCCAUCUGUGAUCGAUGAGUUUGUCGAGUGGGUUAAGAAUGAAAAGCGCGGCGGCAGCAAGGAGGAGGUCAUGGAGGAGGAUUACUGAGCUAUCUCACUUCUUCGUCACCACGGCAGUCCUCGGUGUAUUCGAUUCACUAUGCGAUCGACAUAGAUAAGCGGGAGUUACGGUGGUCAACAUGGUUUUCCAUCCGAUGGCUGAUGGCGUUUGCCUCAGAAGGCGGG